UCAAUGGGAUCUAUUCAGAAGUCCCUUCUUCUGUACACGGCUCCCACCUCGAUCUUUUUCAAUUCCAUCCUAAUUCUACUGAUUAUAUUUCGAUCUCCACCCCAGAUGGGAAACUACAAGUAUCUUUUGAUAGGAGCUUGCAUAUUUGAAAUGUCCUAUGGAGUGUUUGAUAUGGUUACACAGCAGACUGUGCUAAACAUUGGUCCAUCGUUUGUAGUGGUUGUUCCAUAUAAAAAUCGAUUCUUCGGAAGAGAGGUUUCAAUGUUCUUCAACUGUAGGUAGCACUCGAAAACCAACAGAUUCAACACACAUUCAGGUUCUUACUGUGGAUUCUUCGGCUUCUCUAUGGGAAUGUUUGUCAUUAUCUUUGCCUACCGUGCAUUUGUUGCUACUGGAAACCAAGUCCUUAAACAGUUCAAAGGAAUUAAAAUUGUCUCCUGGUUUCUCUUGCCACUUCUUUAUGGACUUGCAUAUGGAAUAAUGACUUAUUAUUUGUAUCCCAACUUUCCAGAGAUGACUGCAAUUGUCAGAAAAUCUGUACUCGAAGAAAUGAAUAUGACUAUUGACGAGUAUACCUAUACAGGGCCUUUGUUCUAUUCGCAAAUUGACAAUUCAAUUCGAUACAGCACAAUUGGGGUAGCUAUGCUGCUAGUUGUACUACAGACAAUCUCCCUGUUUUUGAUUAUUUUCUUCGGCGUUCAGUGUUACAGUCACAUCUCUCAAAUCACGAAGAUCACUAAUGAGAGGUCAGCCAAAAUAAAGAAACUACAGCAUCAACUGUUCAUCGCACUUGUGCUUCAGGCCGUGGUUCCACUUGUCCUAAUGCAUAUACCUGUAUGUAUUUUAUACACCUGUUCCGCACUGAACAUCAAGUUCAAUCAAUUCUCAGUUGCAACAACUAUCGCAUUAUUUCCUGUUCUGGAUCCACUUCCCACCAUUAUGAUUGUCAAAAGCUAUCGAUCAGCGAUAAUUGAUUUGAGUUUAUAUUUAUCAGUGAGU